AUGGGUGGCAUCCCUCCCCCUCCGCCCCUCCUGCCUGGCAUGGCAGGAGAUCAUAUAGAAGCCGUGGUGGCCUCCCAGUUCAGCUGCCCUCUUGGCUCAGGAAGGCCUCCCCACAAGACAGUGAAGACGCCAACAUUGAGAAUGAAGAAGCUGAACUGGCAGAAGCUGCCUUCCAAUGUGGUCAGAGAAAGUCACUCGAUGUGGGCUUCAGUGAGCAGCAGCAGUGAGGAAACUAUAGAGCCCAACUACACAAGCAUAGAGCAGCUGUUCUGCUUUCCACAACCGACCCCCAAGGAGAAAACGGCCGCACCAGUGAAGGCAGAACCAAAAGAGAUCACAUUUUUGGACUCCAAGAAAAGUCUCAAUUUGAACAUAUUUUUGAAGCAAUUUAAAUGCUCCAACGAAGAGGUGGCUGCCAUGGUCCAGAACGGGGAUCGGACCAAGUUUGACGUUGAGGUUCUGAAGCAGCUGCUGAAGCUGCUGCCUGAAAAGCAUGAGAUAGAAAACCUGAAGGCCUUCAAAGAAGAGAAAUCAAAGCUUGCAAAUGCAGAUCAGUUUUAUCUUCUCCUCCUUCAGAUUCCCAGCUACCAGCUGCGCAUCGAAUGCAUGCUGCUCUGUGAAGAGACCACCGUCGUGCUGGACAUGAUUCAGCCGAAAGCUGAAGCCAUCCGGAGAGCCUGCGAAGAUCUUUUGAACAGUCAUCGUCUGCCGCUCUUUUGUCAACUGAUUCUCAAAGUUGGAAACUUUCUGAAUUACGGAAGUCACACGGGUGAUGCCGAUGGGUUUAAAAUCAGCACCUUGCUCAAACUAACAGAAACCAAAGCAAACCAAACCCGCAUUACGCUGCUCCACCAUAUUCUGGAGGAAGUAGAAAACAGCCACACGGACCUGCUGGAACUGCCAAAGGAUCUUGACUAUGUUUCAAAAGCAGCAGGGAUUAAUCUUGAUAUUAUACGCACGGAGUCCAGCACCAAUUUAAAGAAGUUGCUGGAGCUUCAGCGAAAGGUCUUAUCGUCAAACGACAGUGUGAAACAGCAGUAUGAGAAACCUAUCCAGGAUAGCAUUGAUGCCUCCAGAAAGCUGGAAGAAGAAUUUGAAAACAUUGAAAGGAAGAGAGAAGAACUUGCAAAUUAUCUUUGUGAAGACCCAAGCAAAUUGUCCCUAGAGGACAUAUUCAGCACCAUGAAGACCUUCAGAGACCUCUUCAUCCGAGCCCUGAAGGAAAACAAGGACAGAAAGGAGCAAGCUGCCAAAGCAGAGAAGAGGAAGAAACAGCUGGAGGAGGAAGAGGGGAAGAGACAGAAGGGAGAAAAUGGAAAAGUCAUUAAGAAAGGGGUGGUGAAGCAGGAGGAGGUGUGUGUCAUCGACGCUCUGCUGGCCGACAUAAGGAAAGGGUUCACGCUGAGAAAGACAAAGAACAGACACGAGCCGGAUGCACUUCCUAAAACCUCACCUGCGGAGAGCCUGGAAGAGAGCCAGUCUGGAAAGAGCAUUAAGGAUCCACAAGCAGCAGGAAAGCAGAUUGGUAAGAGCAAACAAAACAACGAUGGUCAUCCCUCAGAAAGCACUCCCCCUGCAACCACUGCCCUGAUGGAGAUGGGUGGAGAUGUUACCAAUGCCUCAGCUUCAGACCAAACAUUACCUAAAAACAAUGCUGGAGGAAAUUUGCCACCAGAGUCCCAGAUGGAAAGCCCUUUGGUAAGCUUGGUGGAAGCGGACGGGGCCAGUCAGCCCAUGCCGGGUGCCGGGAUGGAGCAGGGAGACAGCUGGGCAAGCCCCCAGCUGAGCAUGAAGAGUGGCUCCAUUGCCUUCUCUGCUGAUAACAUAGGCACAGGAAUAAGGUUUGUGAGCAGCAGUUCAGGCACUGCUCUGAGAGGCCAACUCAACGGGUCCAUCUCAGAAGGCCAGGACAAUGAACACCCAGUUGAUGGUUCGGAGAGCUACAGGCUGCCACAGGAGCCAGAAACCCAGCCGAGCGAGACUGGAGUUGACCCUGGCAGUGCUCAGUCUGCUCCCUGCGAUGAGGCUCAUCAUGCAGAGUCAAAAGAGAUGGCGAAGGAAAAUGAAGACCCUGGUACAGACUCACUGUUGGACACCUCUCAAGAGAAGUCCUUCUCAGAGGAGCCAGCCACUGACUCCUCUUGUUCAGCGACGCUCCCCCCGGGACAAACUCUCACUGACAGGGAAAAGCAGAGACCAUCUGGGAAACGGAGGAAGAAGAAGAGGCACAGCAAAAGCUACUCAGCAGAGGUUGAGGCUGACACUGGAGAUAAUAAAACAAAAAAGGGUUGUGUGGUACAAUGA